GUGUGCUUCCAACCGCGGGGGGCAUCGGGAUUGAUAGGGAUGUUUCCAUCAUGGCGGCAUCCAUUUCAGGUUAUACUUUUACUUCUGUGUGUUAUCACAGCGCCAACAGCAAUUCAGAUCAUGAGGGCUUUCUAUUAGGAGAAGUAAGGCAAGAAGAGACUGUCAGCAUCAGUGACACACAGAUCAGCAGUGCAGAAUUGCUCCAGGUAGUAGAAAUCCAUAACCAUGAUCCUUGUGCACAGUUGUUUAGCUUUUAUGACUACGCAGGCAAAGUCAGUGAAGAAAAUCUCAACAGCAUUCUUAAAGAUAGGCGGAAAAACGUCAUUGGUUGGUACCGGUUCCGGAGGAACACGCAGCAGCAGAUGUCGUUCAGGGAACAGAUCAUCCACAAACAGCUGACUCAGCUGCUUGGUGUGCCCGACCUCGUCUUCCUUCUUUUCAGCUUCAUCUCCACUGCCAACAGCUCCACGCACGCACUGGAGUAUGUGCUUUUCAGACCCAACCGCAGUAGGUACAACCAGAGGAUCACCCUCACAAUCCCAAACCUUGGCAACACAAGCCAGCAGGAAUACAAAGUCUCCUCAGUGCCCAACACCUCACUCAACUACGCCAAGGUCAUCAAAGAGCAUGGGGCUGAAUUCUUUGACAAAGAUGGUGUGAUGAAGGAUAUCCGAACAAUAUUCCAAGUCUACAGUGCACUACAAGAUAAAGUGCAGGCUGUGUGUGGGGAGGUAGAACAAAGUGAACGUGUGAAGGAGAAAAUUCAAGGGGAUGUAAACAAACUCAAACAACAAAUUGCUCUCAGGAAACGUAAGAUGGCAGAAGAGGAGAGAAGACUCCGUGAGGCACAAAAUGCAGAUUCCCAUUCCACUCCAGAGGAGAACAAAGAACCUUCUGAGACCUCCUUUCUGUCUAGGACAACCUUCCACACACCCUCUGCCCCGGAGCGGCCCAGUACAUCACCUAACCCGCCAUCUUAUGCUGACCUCUCAACCCAGGAUGACUCUCUGCCCUCCUCUUCUUCCCCACCUACCAGUGCUGCUCUACUGCCCCGGCCCCAAGCUGUGGGCUCUCCAGGACACCCUACCCCCGGCCCACUGGGGAUAGGCCUAGGCCUUGGUCUCGGGCUGGGCCUAGGCCUCGGCACCAGCUCCAAUCCUGUUACCACUCCCAGCACCCCAUACCUUGGCAAUGGUGACGGCUCGAGCUCUGACUCGUUAGAUAGACAAGCUGCAGGGCAGGAAGAUGAUGAAGAUGAUGAGGAUGACGACGAUGAUGAAGAUGAAGACAGUAGUGAAUAUGAGAACUUAGUGAGUGAAGCUGCUCAUCUGCCAAUGGUCACUUCUAGCGUUUUAGCUCAAGGCCGACCAGCUGCCCUCAGUCCCGAUGGGGAUGCCCGUGGCUCACAGACCACAUAGAAACAUGCCACAGGGUGUGUAAGGGACACACAUAAGUGACACACCUUUAAAGGUGGGCAUCUCAAGCAAUCAAAGAGACAAAUAUAGACAAAUGAAGUGCCAGUCCUGAAAGUGAAAGGCAUGCGCAGGUGGUGUCCCGCUGUGUGUAUUUCUUCUUGUCUUAGUCUGAUCUCCAUUUAAUGGGGAAACCUUGCUAGGCUUUGCAGGCUUAACAGGUGUGUUUCACUAGGUUAAAAAGUCGUCUGUUUUCAUUUUUCCUUUCGGAAUGGCGUUGGUCCGGGUCCUUCAGUGUGGAUGUGUCUGGUUUCAGGGUCAGAAGUUGAUAUUACAACGUAAUGUAUGUCAACUGGUUGGCAAGCUGGCUCCUUAAAACACAGGCCCUGCUCCAUGCUUUCUGUAACUUUUUGUUUCACAUUUGCAACACCAACUCUGAGCACCCACUCUUGCAUAUACCUCUUGCACUAUUUUUAAUUUUUUUAAUUUUUUUUUGCCAUCUUUUUUUUUUUUUGCCAUCUUUUAAACAAUCCAUUUAAGAAAAGCAAAGGGAAAAUAGUCUGCGGCCUUCAAACUGUUUUUUAAAUGAAGUAGGCAAAUGGUUGUUAACUUUAUUUUUUAAUUUGAAGAAAGAAAUAUAUAUGUAACUUCACAUUCACAUUCACUCAUUUGAUGUUGGAUUUACUACAUUUUAUUUUUCAUGUUUCACACUCUUUAAUCAUAAAUUUGCCUAUUUAAAUGAUGCAAAAUAGAUUUCAAACUAAAUUUACUCUGCCACUUCUAUAAUGGGUGCUUUAUAUAU